GAAAGGGAGUAGGUGGAGAGAAAGAGGGGGAAAGGCAGAAAGUGGGGGGGAAUCAAAUGAGAGACAGACAGACAGAGGAAGUGGGUGGAGAAGAAGGGGAGAAGAGAGAGAAAGAUUAAAGGUGUAUAGAACAAACAAUUGAAAAGAAGAAUAUAAAAGAAGAAGAAGAAGGAGCCCCAGGAAGAAGAAGGAGACCAGAGAGGAGAUAUCGAACAUCAGAGGCUGUGGCUCCACUGAGCAGAGAUGGAUAACUGGACCUUCCUGGGAGAGUUCCUUGAAGAGGUCCACAAGCAUUCCACCGUAGUGGGAAAAGUCUGGCUGACCGUGCUUUUCAUCUUCCGGAUGCUGGUGUUGGGCACAGCGGCAGAGUCCUCGUGGGGAGAUGAGCAGUCUGACUUCAUGUGUGACACCCGGCAGCCUGGCUGUGAGAACGUUUGCUAUGAUAAGGCUUUUCCCAUCUCCCACAUCAGGUACUGGGUCCUUCAGGUCAUCUUCGUCUCCACCCCAUCCCUGGUGUACAUGGGGCAUGCGAUGCACACAGUGCGCAUAGAGGAGAAGAGAAAAAUGAAGGAGGCAGAAAUGAGGGCAAAGGGGAUUAGAAGCAGUGGUGACACUUACCAUCAACAGGAGUACCCUGUGGCAGAGAAGGCAGAGCUCUCCAGUGGGGAGGAAUCAAGUGGGAAAAUAAUACUCCAGGGUAGCUUGCUAAACACCUAUGUCUACAGCAUUUUGAUCCGCAUCACUAUGGAAGUGGUCUUCAUCGUUGGACAAUACAUCCUCUAUGGGAUCUUCCUGCAGACUCUGUACACCUGUCACCGGGACCCUUGCCCUCACCCUGUGAACUGCUACGUCUCGCGGCCCACAGAGAAGAACGUCUUCAUCAUCUUCAUGCUGUCCGUGGCAAUGUUGUCGCUCUUGUUGAGUCUGGCCGAGCUGUACCACCUGGGGUGGAAAAAAGCCAAGCAGAAGUGUGCUAAAUCUUACAAACCCAGCCCCACCAUGGCUGCUGGCAAACUGGAGCCUGCACCGCAAGUGGAGAAGGCUCAAAGUUGCACUCCCCCUCCAGAUUUUAAUCAGUGUUUGGUCAAUCCCAAUGGGAAAUUCAUCAGCCCUUUCAGCAAUAAAAUGGCCACUCAGCAGAACACAGACAACUUUGCCACUGAGAGUCAAGAGAAUGCAGCUGGAGAAGGCCAAUUUAUCCAGAUCAGCUAUGCACAGAGUCCUGAGGCACCCAAUGACUCUGCCCCCCACCAGGUCUCCAAUGGUUAUUUCAAUGAGAAACGCAGGCUCAGCAAGACCAGCCGUGCCAGCAGUAAGACUAGGUCAGAUGACCUGUCCGUGUGACCUGUUACCAGGUGGGGCAAGGAGGGAGGGAAAGCCUCAAUGCUAAGCAAAACUUCUGCAGUGUGGACUUUGAACUCGUGCCAUUCUGCUCUCUGUUUUACGGCCCUCUGCUCCUUUUUAGUGAAUGGCACUGCCCUACUCCAGACAACACUUCUCAAGCCUUAGAACAGGGGCAAACUUUCCCAAUAAAGGGCGGACUGGCAACUUGCCAGGAGCCUGAACACAGCACUUAAUUUGCAGAAAAUACAGCAGAUGGUAGCCAACCUCAUAUUUAAUGGAGAGGCGCCACCUACAGGGACCACAGGACCUGCCAUUCCUAGUCACUCAGAUAGAGAUGGAAUGUUGGCUAGCAGGAGCUGUAAUCUCCAGAGAUUGCAUCUCCCCCUUAAAACUGAGGCUGGCCAGGAGCUGCAAUAUUGAACUCACCAAGCCAUACACUGGCCACCUCAUUGUUGCUUUGAAAUUACUUUAACAUGGAGCUACAUCCACUUUGCAAGCACAUCAAGUUACAACUUUUCUCUCCUGAGAAAAACAGAAAUAAAACACUAAGCCAGUGGUUCCCAAACUUGUUCCACCGCUUGUGCAGGGAAAGCCCCUGCCGGGCGGGCCGGUUUGUUUACCUGCUGCGUCCGCAGGUUCGGCCAAUUGCGGCUCGCUGCUCCAGGCCAAUGGGAGCUGCUGGAAGCGGCGCGGGCCAAGGGAUGUACUGGCCGCCGCUUCCAGAGGCUCCCAUUGGCCUGGAGCAGCAAACCGCGGCCACUGGGAGCCGCGAUCAGCUGAACCUGCACACGUGGCAGGUAAACAAACCAGCCCAGCCCGCCAGGAGCUUUCCCUGCACAACUGGUAGAACAAGUUUGGGAACCACUGCCCUAGGCCUUUGAAUGAAAUGCUUUAUAUUUUUCUCUCUCUCUUCCCUUUUCUCUGCCUGGGCCCAGACACAUUAUACCACCUUGCCUUACCUAUACCACGUAAAUGUGCAAUGAAUUCUACUUGAAUUUUUAACAUUAUGUAUGUAGCCCCAUCAAGAUCUGACUGGUAGUUAAGAAUUGUCUGUUUUCCUCCAAAAAAUAAAGUGCCUUAGUGUCCAACUGUGGAAAUACCUUCAUCCCACGGUCAGGCCAGCAGACAGACCCUGGCAUCCCUGGGAUAUUACCCAGGCUACCUGCUGAAGGGGCCUAAGGAAUUUUCCCAAGUUACUUAUUAGACUAGUUUCAAGAGAAAUGUCCACUUAACCAAAAUAAACAAAUUUUCCCAUGGAUGCAAAUAUGUCACUUGUAAAAAGGAGAGACUCUGGUGUGAAAAGACAUGAUUUUUUUUUCUCUUUAACAAACGUUUUAAGUACAUUUAGUUCUAUCGAAAGGAUGCUAGACCAACAGCCCUGGAGAGUGAGGUCCUCUGUUCAUCCUCAGAAGAGUUACAGCACAGGCCGUGGUUGUGCAAGCUUCCUCAACCCUGCCCGGCCAAUAAACCUUAACCUCAGCCUCAUUCUAGAGUGAGAGCACUGACCAGCCUCUAUUGCAUCCAUCAGUCCUUGGCCGCUCUGCUGAGUCUGCCAGUUCUUAUUCGUUCAGAAAUCGACAAAUGCACUGAUUCUUUUCACCACACAGGUCAACCUGAGCUCUCAUCAGAUGGCAACACUGGUAAUGAGAUAAACGAGGAUCCCAGAGCAAGGCUGUUCAAGCAGCACUUAGGGUGGUUCCUAGUCCCCAAACCCAACCUUGAUCCCCAUUCAUUUGGUCAUUGCAGAAAUGAAACAAGGGGAUUAAGUUUAUCUUUCUGUCUUUGGAGGAUAAACUAGUCCUAGUUCAACCUGUUCCCUUUCAUUUACCUUGCCCUUUUGAACAUGUGCAGCUGCUUAUAAAUGGUUGAAUUGUGUGUGUAUGGGCUUGGAGUGAUUUAAGACAGGACUGAUCUAUUCCCUCCUAUAUCUGCUGUUGAAAGUGAUUGUCACUCCUUGAGUCCAAUGCAGUGCAUGGUUUGGUACAGUUGCCUGCACAUGAACCAGGAGGAAAACAUUUUAGUUUGUAAGUGAUUUAUGUACAGGUAUUUUUGAAUCAGGAAAAGAUGUGUGCUCUCCUGAACAAGAGUUUUUAAACAAUUGUGCCUAGUUUGU